AUGGGAAACUCCAUGUUUUCAUUUAUGGAUGGAUAUAGUGGGUAUAACCAAAUUCGCAUGGCAGCCAAAGAUGCAAAGAAGACAGCAUUUAGAACCUCGAUUGGAAAUUUUUAUUACACUAUGAUGCCCUUUGGCCUUAAAAAUGUGAUGGCCACAUACCAGCAGACCAUGACAACUAUCUUCCAUGAUAUGAUGCAUAAGGAAAUGGAAAAUUAUGUGGAUGACAUUGUGGUAAAGUCAAAAACCAGGGCAGGAAACUUCCAGGCUAUCCCUUUGAAAAAUGCCACUAGAGCAGCUGUGGCAAACUUCAUUCGGGAACACAUCAGCACACGAUUUGGGAUCCCCAAGAGACUGAUCAGCAAUAAUGGAACCCUGUUCAUAAAUAAGGAUAUGAAAAACCUGACUGAGGCGUAUCACAUCAAGCAUGUGAGGUCCACACCAUAUUAUCCACAAGGAAAUGGCCAGGUCGAGGCUACCUACAGGGGGAUACUCAAAAUCCUCAAGGAAAUGAAACAUGAGUAUAGGGAGAAGUGGAGUGCCCACUUGACAGAUGUACUCUGGGCAUGUAGGAGUUCCCUAAAGACAGCCAUAGGAUUUUCACCGUUUUUCCUAGUUUAUGGGACCGUUUUUCCUAAUUUAUGGGACAGAAGCUAUCAGCCCCGUGGAGCUAGUCAUCCCUACACCAAGAGUAGUACUCGAAGAAAUCAAAGGAGGCACAAAUGGCAUAAAUAG